CGACAUCCUAUACCCCAGGGGUAAUUUAUGCCAGGAACAUUUCUUCUUCUAUAAAACUGCAGGUUCCCGCCUCCUGGAAAUGCACAACCGAGCGCACUGACAUAUUACGCCUAAUGCCCCUCUUCGUACCCAAGUAUCUCUAGCCGCAUACAUCCGAAGACAAGUCUCCUUUAAAUAAAAGCUCGCAGCAACAUAAAUACCCCUAAUAUCGACCUAGUAAUCGACAUGAUGGCUAGUAAAUCGGCACCACCGAUUUUUAAACCAACUUUAAUCCUCCACGGCGGCGCCGGCGAUAUCCACCGCUCCUCUCUACCUCCAGAACUCUAUGAGAAGUACCACGCCUCAUUACUAUCCUAUCUCCGCUCAACAAAAGAUCUGUUGCACGAUGGCGCGACCGCCCUAGACGCAGCCACCCAUGCUGUCUCACUAAUGGAAGAUGAUGAACUCUUCAACUGCGGCCGCGGAAGCGUGUUUACCUCCGCGGGGACGAUUGAAAUGGAAGCUUCGGUCAUGGUUACCUCUGUUCGUGGCGACGACGAUGAAAGACAAGAGAAUAUAAAAAGAGGAGCCGGAGUUAUGGGACUCCGGAACGUGAGACAUCCAAUUCGCCUUGCGAGAGAAUCGUUACUUCGCACGGGUUAUGAUGCGGACGGCAAGCCGAUUGGGGAUGGGGGGAGUAUGCACAUGCAGCUUGUGGCGCCGUAUGUGGAAGACAGGGCUAGAGAGUGGGGAUUGGAGAUUAUGCCUGAUGAGUGGUUUUGGACGGAGAAGAGGUGGAAGGAACAUCGGCGGGGAUUGGAGGGGAAGGGUGAGGGUGAAAAUGGGGCUGGGAAUGAAGAAGAUCAGGAAUUGAUAUCCAUGAACCAAGGCACAGUUGGUUGUGUGUGUCUUGAUCAAUGGGGGAAUCUGGCUGUUGCGACGAGUACCGGAGGUCUCACGAAUAAAUGGCCUGGGAGGGUUGGUGAUACACCGACUGUGGGUUCCGGGUUCUGGGCGGAGGCUUGGAAUCUUAAUUAUCCAUCAUCUUCCUCAGAGGAUGAGGAAGAGGAUGUCUUGGAUGAACAGGAGGCAUUGGUUUCUCCAACAUCGCCAAGUUCCCCGACCUGGGGUUUCAAGAAUAUCCGGUCUCUAUUCUCUGAAUGCACGCCGUCGUUCAUCAACAAAAGAAAUAGUGCAUAUACAUCUAUCUCAGCAGCCAAUCCUGAUAGCCAGGGGACCACUGACAACGACGAGAAGGGCUAUUCCGACCAGGUCGAGUCACACGCUCGUACGGUAAGACGAGCAGUAGCUCUCUCAGGCACAGGGAACGGAGACUCCUUCCUCCGAAUUGCAGCAGCUCGUACAGCAAGCGCCAUGGCUCGCUUUUCACCACCCGCUUCUUCAACUACCCUUGCUCAAGCCAUCAAAGCUAUCGCAGGACCAGGUGGCGAGUUGCAAUUAUCUGCCGGAAAGCGAUGGGGUGCAACUCACGAGGGAGAAGGUGGGAUUAUCGGGAUUGAGGCGGAAGCAGAAGUCAAUGCAGAAUACCAAGGGCACCGGCUACGACAUGGAAAGGUUAUGUUUGAUUUUAAUUGUGGAGGAAUGUGGAGGGCGUGGAUUGAGGAGGAUGAAUAUGGUGAGACUGAGAAGGUUAUGGUGUUCAGGGAUGAAUGUCCUUGAAUAGCGUAACGAUUUAAGAGUUCAAUAUAAAAAAAAAUUGAAUGGGCA